AGCUAUGUUAGCUAGUUAGCAAUGAGGGAUUAGCAUAUAAUUAAAGUAAAGGUAGCUAGUUAGUAAAUAAAGUUAGCUGUUUCAAGGAACUUAUAUCGUCUUUUAACUUACGUUCUCUGGGGGCACCGUCAGACCAUGUCCUCCCCGGAGAUUGAGUCCCUGUCUUGGGGUCAGAUGACGGUGAGGGGAUGCUCUUCCACAUAUAAAGACUGUAAGGUGUGGCCUGGAGGGAGCCGGGCCUGGGACUGGACUGAGACCGGUACCAAGCAUGUCCCUGGUGUCCAACCGGCCGAUGUGGACGAGGUCCUGAAGGCAGGAGUGGACACUCUGGUGAUUGGCCGAGGCAUGAGGGCGGAGCUACAGGUUCCGUCGUCCACCGUGGACUUUGUGCGGCGGACAGGGGUGGAGGUCCACGUCCUGCAGACGGAGGACGCCGUGGCCAAGUACAACAGCCUGGUGGUCCGAGGGGCCAAAGUGGGCGGAGUCUUCCACUCCACUUGUUGAGGAUGUCAUGAGGGACCGAAGGGAUUUGACAGGAGGAUGCAACGUCUGUCUACGUGUCUUCACUCAAUGGGUCAUAUGACCAGCGCAUGAUCCUGGCCACGCCUGUGAACGCUGCGUCUGCUCCAAACGUCCAUUCCAGACACGUCGGCAUUCACCAAUAAACUCGCAUUUCCUGAGAACACAGAAAAACGAGUGAUGUGGAAAUAAUCAGGAAUCAUUUACCGACGGAAUACGAAGCAGGGUUUUUCGACCAAUCAACACGCUGCGGAAUAGUGUCUAAUCACAUUA